AUGGAACGCCACAUUCGCCGUUUUCUCAAUAAACUUUCAUUUGCUUCUAUUGCCAUUGCCACUCUCAUCCUCAUCUUCCUCUUCCUCCAAACCCCACAAACCUGCAUUCCCCCAAAUUCUCCUUCAAAACCCCAUCUUAAAUUCCUCAAAUCCUCCUACGAUUCAACUCCUCGCGAGCUCGUCUCCAUUGACAAGAAGAACAAGCGUCUUUGGUCAUCCAACGACUGGAAGAAGAAGCUCUCCUCCUUCAUUAAUUUCUUCCAAUCCAUUCGAGAUCUAGGCCUUCUUCAUAACCACACCAAAUUUAUCUGCGUUUCCGCCGGUGCUGGCCCUAAGGUCAUGGCGUUGUCUCAUAUGGGAGUUCACGAUGUCACCGGUGUCGAGUUGAUUCAUCGCCUCUUUUGGUGA